CGAAGAGCGACGCAUGUCCUUGCGGAAGUGACGGCAGUUCCGAGUCUUGUGGGGGCGGUGGGAGCGAUGAGGGGACUGAGACGGUGAUAGCCGUUGUGUGAAAAUGGAGACAUUCCAUACACCAAGCUUGGGUGAUGAAGAAUUUGAAAUCCCGCCUAUCUCCUUGGAUUCUGAUCCUUCCCUGGCUGUCUCAGAUGUGGUUGGCCACUUUGAUGAUCUGGCAGACCCUUCGUCCUCUCAGGAUGGCAGUUUUUCAGCCCAGUAUGGGGUCCAGACAUUGGACAUGCCUGUGGGCAUGACCCAUGGCUUGAUGGAGCAGGGCGGGGGACUCCUGAGUGGGGGCUUGACCAUGGACUUGGACCAUUCCAUAGGAACUCAGUAUAGCGCCAACCCACCUGUUACAAUUGAUGUACCGAUGACAGACAUGACAUCUGGUUUGAUGGGGCACGGCCAGUUGACCACCAUUGAUCAGUCAGAACUGAGUUCUCAACUUGGUUUGAGCUUAGGGGGUGGCACCAUCCUGCCACCUGCCCAGUCACCUGAGGAUCGUCUUUCAACCACCCCUUCACCUACUAGUUCACUUCAUGAGGAUGGUGUUGAGGAUUUCCGGAGGCAACUUCCCAGCCAGAAGACAGUUGUGGUAGAAGCAGGGAAAAAGCAGAAGACCCCAAAGAAGAGAAAAAAGAAAGAUCCUAAUGAGCCUCAGAAACCAGUUUCAGCAUAUGCUUUAUUCUUCCGUGAUACACAGGCUGCCAUCAAGGGACAGAAUCCCAAUGCCACUUUUGGGGAAGUUUCAAAAAUUGUGGCCUCCAUGUGGGAUAGUCUUGGAGAGGAGCAAAAACAGGUGUAUAAGAGGAAAACUGAGGCUGCCAAGAAAGAGUAUCUGAAAGCUCUGGCUGCAUAUAAAGACAAUCAAGAGUGUCAGGCCACUGUGGAAACAGUGGAGUUGGAUCCAGUGCCGCCAUCACAGACUCCUUCUCCACCUCCUGUGGCUACCGUUGACCCAGCGUCUCCAGCACCAGCUUCAACAGAGCCCCCUGCCCUGUCCCCUUCCAUUGUUGUUAACUCUACUCUUUCAUCCUAUGUGGCAAACCAGGCAUCUUCUGGGGCUGGGGGUCAGCCUAAUAUCACCAAGUUGAUUAUCACCAAACAGAUGUUGCCCUCAUCUAUCACCAUGUCUCAAGGAGGGAUGGUUACCGUUAUCCCAGCCACAGUGGUGACCUCCCGGGGGAUCCAAUUAGGCCAAACCAGCACAGCUACUAUCCAGCCCAGUCAACAAGCCCAGAUUGUCACUCGGUCAGUGUUGCAGGCAGCAGCAGCAGCUGCUGCUUCUAUGCAACUGCCUCCACCCCGGCUACAACCCCCUCCAUUGCAACAGAUGCCUCAGCCCCCCACUCAGCAGCAAGUGACCAUUCUGCAGCAGCCUCCCCCACUCCAGGCCAUGCAACAGCCUCCCCCUCAGAAAGCUCGAAUCAAUUUACAGCAACAGCCACCUCCUCUGCAGAUCAAGAUUGUACCUGGACCCACUCUGAAAAUGCAGACUACCUUAGUCCCACCAGCUGUGGAAAGUAGUCCUGAGCGGCCCAUGAACAACAGCCCUGAGGCCCAUACAGUGGAGGAAACCUCUCCUGAGACAAUCUGUGAGAUGAUCACAGACGUCGUUCCUGAGGUUGAGUCUCCUUCUCAAAUGGAUGUUGAAUUGGUCAGCGGGUCUCCUAUGACACUCUCACCGCAGCCACGAUGUGUGAGGUCUGGCUGUGAGAACCCUCCGGUUGUGAGUAAGGACUGGGACAGUGAGUACUGCAGCAACGAGUGUGUGGUGAAGCACUGCAGGGAUGUCUUCUUGGCCUGGGUAGCCUCUAGAAAUUCAAACACAGUGGUGUUUGUAAAAUAGUCCUUCCUGUUCUCCAAGCCAGUGAAGAUUUAUCUGCUAGGAACACGUACAAGAGCCUGUUUUCAAAACUCAGUCUGGGUUUCUGGUAGUGCCUGAUCUCAAGCCAUGAUGGUUCUUCAUGCUUCUCCCCUUAUUUCAACAAGGGGCCAGGCUAUGGAGCAGGGCCAUUGAGUUUGCUGUAGUCUGGAAUUGCUUUUUACUUUCAAGUACAAGCAGAAAUGCCAGUAAUAAUAGCAGAGGAAAGGGUGAAGGGAAUAUGGACAAGCAGAACAUCGGGGUGGUGGUGGUGGGGUUGUUUAAAGAAACUUGUUGGUAUAAUUGUCAUAGGACUUCUCUAAAAGAUUAUUAAAAUUACGGAAGAGUACACAGCAGCUUUGAACCUGUCAUUGUGUGCAUCCAUUUUAAAGGGGAUAGAAGGCUGAAUUAAAAGUUACAUACACUCUUAUACAGAGACCUGUUAUCAUCAUAUCUAUGGUUUUCAACACAGUAGGCACACCGGGCUGUCGGGACAAUAACGUCACCCAGUUUUUUAAUUCCUCUUUACAAAUAGCAUUUCUGGAGUCAGUGUCCCUCCUUACCUAAGUUAUCACAGUUUAUCAGUGUAACAAGCAGAACGCUUCAUCCUUAAAUUAAUAAGGGGUUAAUAAGGGGUUUCACCAAACUGUACAGAAGUUGUGUUCACUUGUGUUUGAUGAAAUAACUUUUAAAAGAUAGACCAGAGGUGUUUUCACUUACAUAAUACAUGUAGGCUAAUUCUCUGCACAUAUGGCACUUACUUAAAUCGACUGUGCUUAUUUCAUUUUUCUUGGAAACGAACGAGUAAGAGACUAGCAAAGC